CGGAUUUCCAGUCGCGUAGAUCGCGCGCGCCCUUUUAAUUGAUCGCCAACACGCCUGCCCACUUUCAACUGUCAUUGCAGGCCAAAUUGUUUGCUGUUUUCCGCUAGCAACCGCAACUUCGUGCAAAUUACGGAAAUCUCAGUAUUCCGUAUAUGUGCCUUUUUUUCUUUUGCCUACUUGACCAAUUGAGACCUAGAUAUCUGGAGUCCUCGGCGAUAGGCCGUGGCCCGGAAAAGGGCGUUUUAGUGGCAAAAGGAAAAAGGGAAAAGAAAUAGCGAGGCUGCCCCUCCGUACACAGCACACCCAAGGAUCAAAGGCCGCCUCUGCUUUCGAAUCCGCCACUUCGGCUGGAAACACAACAUCCCCUGCUCGAUUGCGAUGCCUUAUUCAUCCUCGCCGGAACGCGAGUCAAGAAGCCCGUCGUCGCGACUCCCCACCAGCGUCCCGUCGUCCCCGCCCUCUGCCUCCCCGGUCGCCAAGGAGCUGGAGCCGGAGGUGCAAGAGACGGAGAAGUCCAAGAUGAGCUACACCAAGCUGCGCGAGGAGCAGAUCCUUGCUGCCGAAGAGGAUAAGGCACGCGAGGAAAACAUCAAGACAGAGGAGAAGCGCAAGAAGAGGUCCAAGAAGCAAGCAUUGACCAAGAGGGAGCGCGAUUCAAAGGCAAAGGACCUGGACGAGCUCCUUGCCCAGAGCGCCGCCUUCAGCAGCAUCCUGACCAGCAAGACCAAGGUGCUUGGCCGCGUCGGCACUGCCCUCGACGGCAAGACACUGGGCGAGCACGACCUGACUAUGGCCAAGCAGCCCAAAUGUCUCGUCGGGGGUACCAUGAGAGACUACCAGCUCGAGGGCCUGACCUGGAUGUAUGAAAUCUGCAUCCAAGGCAUGAGCGGAAUUCUGGCUGACGAGAUGGGCUUGGGCAAAACGAUCCAGACUAUUUCCUUGAUCGCGUUGCUGCGGGAGCAGGAGAACUACUUGGGGCCUCAUCUCAUAAUUGCCCCUUUGAGCACUCUCUCCAACUGGCUCGAUGAGUUCCACAAAUGGGUCCCGUCCAUUCCCGUCGUCAUGUACCACGGCACACCGGAUCAGCGCAGCGACAUCUUCAAGACCAAGAUCAUGCGGCAUCUUCACGGCGGCAGACCGACCGACAAGUUUCCCGUCGUGUGCACCAGCUACGAGAUGGUCCUCAAAGACCGCGCCUCCCUCUCCAAGAUCAAUUGGGAGUUUAUCAUCAUUGACGAAGGGCACCGUAUGAAGAACUUUGACUCGAAGCUGUUCCGGGAACUCAAGACGUUCACAUCUGCAACCCGUCUUCUUAUUACCGGCACUCCCCUGCAGAACAAUCUCAAAGAGCUCUGGUCCCUCCUCAACUUUCUCUUGCCCAAAAUCUUCCGGGACUGGGAGGCAUUUGAGAGCUGGUUUGACUUUAGCGAUCUCCAAGACGAGGAGGGCACGGAAGAUUUCAUUGCCGAUGAAACGAAGCAAGACCUUGUCAAAAAGAUGCACGUGGUGCUGCAGCCUCUGCUUCUGCGGAGAGUGAAAGCAGAUGUGGCCAAGUACCUUCCCAAGAAACGCGAAUACGUCCUGUUUGCGCCAAUGACGAAGGAGCAGACAGACCUGUACAACGUCAUCAACGAUAAAAACAUCGACACGCGAUCAUACUUGGAGAGCAAGGUCGUGGAACGCCUGACCAGCGCACCAAACAGCAGAGCUUCGUCGCUGAGAGGCACCCCAAUCUCAUCGAGAUCAAGCAGUGUUAAAAAGGAUACCGACGGCGACAGUGAUCUGGCAUCUGUGACAACUCUGGGUAGCCCACCCGAUUCCAAGACUGUGGAAGCCGCGCCCACAGCAAAGAAGAAUGCAUUUUCCUUGAUGAUGGGCAAGCCUCGUCCCCGUGGCCGACUCCCUAAAUCGGCUCAGGCCGCCAAGGAAGUUGCUACUGAGGCCGUGCAAGUUGAGCAGGACAAGGACGCAAAGCGAAAAAGCCCGCCAACUGCACCAUCUCCAGCCCCAAAGAGUGCAAAGUCCAGCCGGCAAUCGACUCCGGCCAGCACACGGGGUCGACCGCGAAAGGGGAAGCAGUCAUACAGGGAGGCAGAUUCGGAUGACGACCUGCUCGACGAUGACGAUUUUGAAGCCAAGCUCGCAAAAGAGACCACGGAGGACCAAGUUCAAGAGAUUGAGAGCGCACUAACAGCAGAGGAAUUCGAGAGAGCGCAGACCCUGGACUUGGCUAAAAAGGAGAUUUCCAACAAGAAGCUCGGCAACCCCCUUUUGCAACUUCGCCUCAUCUGCAACACCCCGCACCUCUUUUACAACCCAUGGGCGACAGACAACGGCAUACCUGUCGACGAGAGCAUUGUCACGGGCUCGGGGAAGAUGCUCCUCCUCGACCGGCUACUCCCGGCACUCUUCAAGAAUAAGCACAAGGUGUUGAUCUUCUCUCAGUUCAAGACGCAGCUUGACAUUCUGGAGGACUAUUGCGAUCUCCGAAAAUGGCAGGUUUGCAGGAUUGAUGGCGGUGUCGCCCAGGAUGACCGGAGGACGCAGAUUGAAAAGUUCAACACCAACCCCAAGAUCAAGAUCUUCCUCCUGUCGACGCGCGCCGGAGGGCAGGGUAUCAACCUUGCCAGCGCCGAUACUGUGGUCCUGUUUGAUAGCGACUGGAAUCCGCAACAGGACCUCCAGGCCCAGGAUCGCUGUCACCGCAUCGGCCAGACUCGCCCAGUCAUCGUCUACCGACUUGCCACAAAGGGUACCGUAGAGGAGGAGCUGCUGAUGAGCGCGGAUGCGAAGCGCCGUCUCGAGAAGCUCGUCAUCAAGAAGGGCGGCUUCAAGACCAUCGGGCAGAAGAUUGACAUGCGCGAGGACUUGGACAGAGAGAUGCUUAAAGCUCUGCUGUUGAAGGACGGCCAAGUGUACAAAUUCUCAGGCGACAAGGAGGUUCUGAGCGAGCAGGAUUUGAGCGUAUUGUGCGACCGAAGCGACGAUGCGUACGCGCGUGCUGCAGUUGGUGAGGGUAACGCAGAUGGCUACCAGGUCAUCGAAACACGGGCAACGGGGAUAAUGGCAGCGAGCAAGGCGAAGAAGGCGUAGCCCGGGUAACUAUUUGCAUUUCUACCUUUGUGUAUGGCGAUGGCGAUGACUUUAAGUCUAAGCCGGCGUCACGAAGCGUAUGGCAGCUUUCUACGACUCUAUAGAGCACCGUAAUUUCCUGAUUAUUUCUGCACGACAAUGUUGUUGACAAGUCUCAUGAAUAUACUAUUGGGAGCGCAAGUAGAUGAAUGGCAGAGGCUACUCUUUAUAUCCGUCAACCACAGUACACCAAGAGGAAUAGUAGAAUCACAUGUUGUUUCUGCAACAUUUUCUUAUCAAAAUUAUUAAAUAAUUUCUUUCA